AUGGGAGAUUCUGAAGACGAAAACGAUAAAGACCUUGGAUCCGGCCUCAACAUCACCGGUUUCCUCUUUGGCAACAUUGAUGACAACGGUCAGUUGGAAGAUGAUAUCUUGGAUCCCGAAGCAAAACAACAUCUAGCUUCGCUCGGUCGCCUCGGUUUUAGUUCAUUCAUAAGUGAGAUGAUGUCGAAUGAAUGCACCACUGAAGAGAAAGAAAAUAAUAAUAAAGCGAAUGACCAAAAUGGACAAACAAAGAAUCAAAAUGGAACCUCCAACGAUAUGGAGGUGGAUUACUUGGCAAAAUCACCCACUGCACUAGAUUUCUCAGAUAUAAACGAGUUGGCAGAUGAUUUAAAUGAUGACAGUUCAAAAAACAACGGAUUUGACAGGAGAGCAGAUAAGGAGAAUGCGGAUUAUGAUGCCGAUGACGAAGAGGUUGUCAAUAAGUCAGAUACCCAAUUAAUGCCACCUCCGCCAGUACCCGAGGAGAAGGAAGCAUUGACAGCGGAAGAGGUGGAAGCGGCACGUCAACGUAAAUUGGAAACACCUCUUGCUUCCAUGUUGCCUUCUAAAUAUGCCAAUAUCGAUGUUACCGAAUUGUUCCCGGACUUUCGUGCCAAUAAAGUUCUGAGAUUCUCAAGACUGUUUGGUCCGGGUAAGCCCAGUAGCCUGCCGCAGAUAUGGAGGGGUGUGAGAAAACGACGUAAGAAGAAAAGGCAUCACGAUAUCAGAGAUUCCGACUCUGGCUCUGAUCAGGAUGACAAGAAGCCAAAAUUUAAAGGAUGGAUCAUGCAGUAUGGUCCCGAGGCAAAUGUGGAAGCAUGUCGCUCGGAUGAUGAAAGUAAGCUGCUAUUACCGGUGGAGGACAAAGAACAGAACGGUAAGGCGGGUGAGACUGGAGAGAAUGGCGACAUGGGGCCCAAAGUGGCCGACUGGAGAUUUGGGCCUGCACAACUGUGGUACGAUAUGCUGGAGGUACCAGAAACUGGAGAUGGAUUCAAUUAUGGUUUUAAAACGACUGAGAAAGAGGAACAAGAAAACAAAUCGAGAUCGAAGGACGAAGAACUUGAUGACGCGUUUUUGAUGGUAUCUCAGUUACACUGGGAAGAUGACGUUGUUUGGAAUGGAGACGAUAUAAAGCACAAGGUGAUGCAAAAGUUGAAUAGCAAGAACAAUGCAGCCGGCUGGGUGCCCUCGAGCGACAGCAGAACUGCUCAAGGUUUCAGUCAACCAGGAAAGGGUGCUCCGGUCACUGUGGCGCCCAACGUCAGGCUAGCAACUUCGCAGAUUACAACGCCACUGCACAUGCAGUCGCAAAAGAAUAAAAUGGGCAUGGGCAAGGGAAAUCAACAACAACAGCGGGAAGAGAAUUACGAUGAUACCUGGUACUCGAUAUUUCCGGUCGAAAAUGAGGAGCUGGUUUACGGCUUGUGGGAGGAAGAAGUCAUCUGGGAUCCAGAAAACAUGAAGAAAAUCCCGAAACCGAAAAUACUUACGUUGGAUCCGAACGACGAGAACAUAGUCUUGGGAAUACCGGACGACAUCGAUCCAGCCCUCCUUCACAAGGAUAAUGGCCCGCAGCCGAAAGUGAAAAUUCCGCAUCCUCACGUGAAGAAGAGCAAGCUAUUACUGGGCAAGGCGGGUGUCAUCAACGUUCUCGAGGAAGAUACACCUCCACCGCCGCCCAAGUCACCCGAUCGAGAUCCGUUCAACAUAUCAAACGACACGUACUACAUGCCCAAGUCCUCGGAGACUACGUUGAGGCUCAAGGUCGGCGGCGGUAACUUGAUACAGCACAGCACUCCAGUAGUGGAAUUGCGAGUUCCGUUUGUCCAAACGCAUAUGGGUCCAAUGCGAUUGAGGAACUUCCACAGGCCGCCACUGCGCAGGUUUAGUCAUGGUCCGCUUGCUCAUCCAGUACCGCACGGGGUCUUGCCUCUGCUGAAGCAUAUUAAGAAGAAGUCUAAGCAACGGGAGCAAGAGAGAAUUGCCUCCGGCGGGGGUGACGUAUUUUUCAUGAGAACACCCGAGGACCUGACGGGGCGGGAUGGCGAGGUGGUGCUCAUCGAGUUUUCCGAGGAACACCCUCCGCUCAUGAAUCAAGUUGGCAUGUGCUCCAAGGUAAAGAAUUAUUACAAGAGGAGGGCCGGCAAGGAUCAAGGUCCGCAGACGUACAAGUACGGGGAGACGGCGUACGCCCACACCAGUCCGUUUCUGGGUAUCCUUACGCGUCAGAGCAUCCAGGCGAUCGAAAAUAACAUGUACAGAGCGCCCAUUUACGAGCACAAGAUCCCUGAUACGGAUUUCCUAGUUAUAAGAACAAGGCAGCAAUAUUAUGUUAGAGAGAUGGAUGCGUUGUUUGUUGCUGGUCAAGAAUGCCCGCUGUACGAGGUGCCGGGACCCAAUUCGAAGAGAGCAAACAAUUUCGUGCGCGACUUCCUGCAAGUGUUCAUAUACAGAUUGUUUUGGAAGUCGCGCGACACCCCUCGCCGAAUUAAGAUGGAUGACAUAAAGAAAGCCUUUCCAUCGCACAGUGAGAGCAGUAUCAGGAAGAGAUUAAAACUGUGCGCAGACUUCAAGAGAACUGGAAUGGAUUCCAACUGGUGGGUGAUAAAACCGGACUUCAGAUUGCCAACGGAGGAGGAGAUCCGCGCGAUGGUGUCGCCGGAGCAGUGCUGCGCUUAUUUCAGCAUGAUCGCGGCCGAGCAACGGUUAAAAGACGCCGGAUACGGCGAGAAAUUCCUAUUCACUCCGCAAGACGACGAUGACGAGGAUAUGCAGUUGAAGAUGGACGACGAGGUAAAGGUAGCACCGUGGAAUACGACGCGUGCCUACAUCCAAGCCAUGAAGGGAAAAUGCCUGCUGCAAUUGGCUGGACCGGCCGAUCCAACUGGCUGCGGCGAAGGUUUCUCUUACGUCAGAGUGCCCAAUAAACCCACAAUUAGCAAGGAAGAGCAAGAGGCCCAACCAAAGAGAACCGUGACCGGCACGGAUGCCGAUCUGAGGAGAUUGUCUCUGAACAAUGCGAAAGCGUUGCUGCGCAAGUUUGGCGUACCAGAAGACGAGAUAAAGAAACUGUCACGGUGGGAGGUAAUCGACGUCGUGCGAACCCUAUCAACGGAGAAGGCAAAGGCGGGUGAGGAAGGUAUGACCAAGUUUUCGCGUGGCAAUCGUUUCUCCAUUGCUGAGCAUCAAGAGCGUUACAAGGAGGAGUGUCAACGUAUUUUCGACCUACAAAAUCGCGUGCUGUCGUCGAAUGAGGUGCUGAGCACGGACGAGGGCGAGAGCUCGGAAGAAGACAGCUCGGACAUCGAGGAGAUGGGUAAGAACAUCGAGAACAUGCUGUCGAAUAAGAAGACCAGUACGCAGCUAUCGUUGGAGCGGGAGGAGCAGCAGCGGCACGAAUUGCGAAAGAUGUUGAUGGGCGAGGCGCAGGAGCAGGAGAAAAAGGGCAAGGAGAAUAAGAAGAAGGACGAGGAGGAGGACAGCCCCGUUAACAAUUUUAAUGCGCAGCAGGGUCGCGUGUUGAAAAUCUAUCGCACUUUCCGCAAUCCGGAAGGCAAGGAGUUCACGCGGGUCGAAUUGGUGAGGAAGUCCGCUGUGAUCGACACGUACAUCAAAAUCCGAAACUCGAAGGACGAGACGUUCAUCAAGCAGUUUGCCACACUGGACGAAGCACAGAAGGAAGAGAUGAAACGGGAGAAGCGUAGGAUUCAAGAACAACUACGGCGAAUCAAGAGGAACCAGGAGAGGGAACGUAUGCUGGGCGGAUCGGUCAUAAACGGCGGCGGCGUCACCAACUCGAGCAAUAACACCUUCGACCGCAGCGGCACUAACACUCCAACCACCAUAUCCUCAACCAGUAUCCUUCCAUUUUGUAACUUCCAAUCCUCUACUUCCACUUCUAAACAUCCCAAACCAGAGGUUUCACCACCAAAACGUAAAAAACCUAAACUCAAGCCAGAUCUCAAGCUCAAGUGCGGCGCCUGUGGCAAUGUUGGUCAUAUGCGCACCAACAAGGCCUGUCCGCUUUAUCAGAACAGCAUCGCGACCGCGCCGGUCAACGUCGCGAUGACCGAGGAGCAGGAGGAGGAAAUCGAGAAACAGCUGAACACCGAUGAUCAGGAUUUGGUAAACGUCGAUGGCACCAAGGUGAAGCUAUCGUCAAAACUAAUUAAACACGCCGAAGAGAUGAAGAGACGUACAUUGCUACUCAAAGUGCCGAAGGAAGCGGUGAACUCGAAGAAGCGUAGGAAACCGCCGACGGACGAUCACUGCGAUUACUUGAAACGCCACCAAAGGCCGGUUAACAGACGUAGAACGGAUCCGGUUGUCGUGAUGUCAACAAUGCUGGAAAGCAUUCUGAACGAGAUGAGAGACCUGCCAGAUGUACAGCCGUUCUUGUUCCCGGUCAAUCCCAAAGUAGUACCUGAUUAUCACAAGAUCAUACAGCGACCCAUGGAUCUGCAGACAAUACGAGAGAAUUUGAGAUUGAAGAAGUAUCAGAGCAGAGAGGAAUUCUUGGCGGACGUUAAUCAAAUCGUGAAGAACUCCGAGUUUUAUAACGGGGAGAAGAGUUCGUUGACCGUGGCCGCCAAGAGGAUGCUGGACACGUGCGUCGAGAGGCUUGGUGAAAAAGAGGAUCGCUUGAUGAGACUGGAAAAGGCUAUCAAUCCUCUUCUAGAUGACAAUGAUCAGGUUGCUCUCACCUACAUACUAGACAAUGUCAUUAACAACAAAUUGAAAUCCAUGAUGGAAGUAUGGCCGUUUAUGAAGCCCGUUAGCAAAAAGAUGGUGAAGGAUUACUAUGAUAUUGUCAAGAGGCCGAUGGAUCUAGAAACAAUAUCUAAAAAGGUUUCUGCACACAAGUAUCACACUCGUCAUGAGUUUCUCAGAGACAUCGAACAGAUCCUGGAAAAUUGUUCACUCUAUAACGGCAAAGAUAAUCCGCUCACAAAUAAAGCUGAAGUACUGGUUAAAGUCUGUAAAGAAACAUUAGACCAGUACGACGAGCAUCUGACACAACUGGAAAAUAAUAUAUUGCUCGUGCAAAAACGAGCGAUGGAGCAAGCGGAUGAUUCCUCGUGGCUCGGGCCAGACGAAGAAAAUUACGCUAUUGCUGAAUCCGAGUUCAGAAGUCAAACCAGUUCUCCAGAGAAUCCAUUUGGCAAGUCGAAUAUCGACGAUUUUGAUUUCGGAGACGUGGACGGAGAUAUGGAAGCGGAAGAUAGAAACUCGAAGAAGAAAGAUGUGCUCGAAGAAGACCUUCAAUUCUCCAGUGAAGAUGAAUUCGAUGAAGUACCGUUCGGUGCGGAUGAACAUUCCGAGCAAAAUGAGAUGGAAACACUCGAAUUGAGCGAGGUCAGAGAGGAAAGCGUCGUAUUAGCGGACGAUGACAGUCAACAAGCUGCCGAGGCAAUGGUGCAGUUGGGCAAUGUUGGUUUUUACAUGGGUGAACAGCAACUGCUUCAACAAGAUGAGAGUAUGGAUGUCGAUCCAAAUUACGACCCCUCGGAUUUCCUCUUAGCUGGUUUGCCAGCCAGGGAGGAUAAAGGCGAGAAUAAAAUUCAGGAUGAUCUGGCUGUUUCCGAGAGCGACGACGAUACUGAGAACGCCGCGUCCAAACAGGAAGCACAGCAGAACCAACAGCAGCAACAACUGCCGCAACCGGAUGAGGACGUCGGUGGUGACUUGUGGUUCUAAGUGUGCGUGUUUCCGUUACUUUGUUAUAGCUUUGUAAAAACGUGAGGAUUAAUUAUUUAAUAGUGUUAUUUUUUAAUUAGAGGUCACUUAUACUCUUCGAAAGUAAACAGAUAUCUCGUGCCAGAAAAGUUAUCAAAUUCUGAGUACCGAGAUAUUAAUUUCACGUAUCCGUCAUUAUGUACUUGCAACGUCAUAAUACUUGCACGGUUCAAUGAAGAAAUUUUAUCCCGCAAACUCGUGAGGAGAGUUUAUAAGAUUUACUCUUCGUACAUACAUUAUGUGCAUAUAUGUACAGGAAUAUGUAAAUAUAGAAUAAAAUAUUGUUUUCUUUUCU